UGACUUUGUUGUCUUACUUAUUCUUGCUGUUUCGUAUCGUGACACCCAUCAUUUAGUUUUCUCAUUCUGACUCGGAGCUCUCGAGUUCGAAGCUGUCAUUGCGUGUGAAUACAGUUGUUUACUGUUUAUAUUCUGCUUUGUUGACGAAGCUCUGUCUUAGUAGAUCGAACGUCGUAUACGUAUUCUGAUCUUUAAAGCACUUUAUUGUGUUUCCGUUGAUUCUGAGUUUUUGCUUCGCUUCAUUUAUUAGGGUUAAAUAGGGGUGGGAGUUGCUUGGCCCACAAAUUAUUCUGUGAAGUUUUAGUGUUGGAAUUGGUUGGUAGGCUGCGCAAAACUACAAAUGGAUAAUCAACAAACCAGUCAUUUACCCAAGGAAAAGUUCGUAUGGAGAAUUGAAAACUUCUCUAAGUUGAAAUCUAAGAAGUUGUACUCCGAGACUUUCAUUAUGGGCGGCUAUCCAUGGAGGAUUCUUAUAUUUCCUAAAGGGAACAAUGUGGACUCUUUGUCUUUAUAUUUGGAUGUUGCGGAUUCCCGGAGUUUACCUCAUGGUUGGUCCAGAUAUGCACGUUUCAGCUUGGCUGUAAUUAAUCAAUUAAAAGGGAAGUAUACGGUCGAGAAAGGUAUCUUUAGUUUGAGAAUUUCUUUUCUCAUUUGUUACUGUCCAUCCUUGGUUUUGUUAAGUUUGUGGAUUGAUCUCGUGUUUCGUAACAUGUUUAUACUCAACAUUGCUUCAAUUCAAAAGAGUGACUGGGGUUUCACAACAUUUAUGACUCUAAGUGAACUUCAUGACCCAAAUAAGGGUUAUAUUGUAGGUGAUACAUGUAUAAUUAAUGCUGGAAUUUCUAAUCCCCAGUCUGAAAAAGAGAAUCAAGUAGAUCAAGCAUUUGGUCCAACAUCCGCGGAAUCUCGAGAUAAAGCCGGACAUAUGGAAGUAAAAGAGCAAGAAGGGAAAAGUUCACACACUUUCUGCACGGUUUCUAGUGUGCAUGCUCAGCAUACUGGUAAUCCUUCACUGCCUGCAGGAUUGACCUCCAACCCAAUGGAUGAGCUUUCGGAUUUCAGGGGUCUUGGGAAAAUAGAAAGCAUUUUUGUCCCGCUGUUAGAGGAAAUUUGUUCCAAGCACCCAUCACUCAUUGAAUGUCAGCAGAAGAGAAGUAGACAAUUUGUUGAAUGGGCAUUCACAGCUUUGGGUAGAGUUCUUCAUUUCCUGAAGUCUAAAAGGGUGAAAGACAUGAAUGAUGAAACUUGUGAACAUCUUCAAAUUUUAUGGGAGGAACUUGAGACAUUUAGAUUUGAUUUGACUUGGCUUGAGCCUCAUGUUCAUUCAGCCUUAGGCAUGAAAAACUACUUAGAGAAAGCAACACAGGUGAAGAAGUUGAAGGAUAAUGUGAGUUCUCUGGAGAUGGAAAUGAAGAGACUUAAAGCAAAGCUUGCUUCUGCAGAGAUAGAUCUUGAAAUAGCAAAAAGAGACUUGGUGCAAGCAGAAGAAGGGUUCCAAGAGAGGGAUUUGGAUGCAGAACUCGGAUAUGGGAGGCCAUAGACCCUCAAAUAAUUACCUCUUAAUUGUGCAUCUUCGUGAAGAAACGCAUCAAUGUUUUGAUAUGUAUUAAUGUAUCUGGAGUUAGAUGUGGUGCCUAAAAUGUUUCCUUGUAAAUUGAACUUGAAAAUUCCAGUGCUGCAAUACCUGGCUGGCCACCAUACUUUAGUGCC